GCUGCUCAGUGACUGAGUGACCAGGACACCGGCUGCUCAGUGACUGAGUGACCAGGACAUAGGCUGAGGUCAGGAUGCAGACAGCACGACUCGGGGUAGUUGCUCUUUGCUGCUGUGUGUGUGUGGUUACAGCACAGUUCACCAUCACUGUACCAGAGAAUCCCAUUACAGCAGCAGCCGGAGGUACGGCUGUGUUUACAGUGAAACCGUCUGGUGAGGUGAGGAGCGGGAGUUGGCGUUUUGGUACCGAGACUGUACUUCUGUGGAUCGGGGAUAUAGUAUCUGUAAACACUAAUUACGAAGGCCGGGCUGAGAUAUCUCUCCCCGACGUGUCUCUUCGGUUAAAAUCAGUGACAGUGACCGACAGUGGAAAUUACACUGUGAAUCUGACCCCAGUUUCUGGCGAUUCAAAAUCAGCGACAGUCACCCUGAAGGUGGAGGAGAAAAUCACCAGCGUCACCGUAACACAGAACAUUCCCAACCCGAUAGAAGACACUGACACUGUGACACUGACAUGUGAUGUUAAAGGCACUGUUGAGUCACGGUUGUGGUUUAAGGAUGAGCGAACUCUCCACAGCAAUGACAGGAUCACAAUCUCCCAGGAUAAUGCCACCCUGACCAUCAUCAGUGUGACUAGAAAUGAUGGUGGAACGUAUCGGUGUGAGGCAAAGAACAGCCUUAGCUCUCAGUCCGGCAGCCACACACUGAGCAUUGCGUAUGGACCAGACACCCCUGAGCUUACAAUCACUGGGACACACUCAGCAGAACUUGGAGACUCUCUAACAUUGUCUUGUUCUGCUCAGUCAAACCCAGAAGCUCAGUAUAAAUGGAUAUUUAAUGGCACCGUUCUGUCACACACAACUCCACAGCUCACCAUUGAUCAAAUAAGCCCGACUGACCGUGGGAGGUACACUUGUCAGGCUCGGAACAGCGUUACCUUAAGAGUCAAUGCGACAACAUUGAUUACAGCACAGUUCACCAUCACUGUACCAGAGAAUCCCAUUACAGCAGCAGCCGGAGGUACGGCUGUGUUUACAGUGAAACCGUCUGGUGAGGUGAGGAGUGGGACCUGGAGUUUCGGCGUCAGUGAUGUACUUGUGUGGAUCGGGGAUAUAGUAUCUGUAAGCACUAAUUACCAAGGCCGGGCUGAGGUAUCUCUCCCCGACGUGUCUCUUCGACUGAAAUCAGUGACGGUGACCGACAGUGGAGAUUACACUGUGACUUUGAUCCCAGUCUCUGGCGAUUCAAAAACAGCGACAGUCACCCUGAAGGUGGAGGCGAAAAUCACCAGUGUCACCGUAACACAGAACAUUCCCAACCCGAUAGAAUACACUGACACUGUGACACUGACAUGUGAUGUUAAAGGCACUGUUGAGUCACGGUUGUGGUUUAAGGAUGAGAGAGCUCUCCACAGCAAUGACAGGAUCACAAUCUCCCAGGAUAAUGCCACCCUGACCAUCAUCAGUGUGACUAGAAAUGAUGGUGGAACGUAUCGGUGUGAGGCAAAGAACAGCCUUAGCUCUCAGUCCGGCAGCCACACACUGAGCAUUGCGUAUGGACCAGACACCCCUGAGCUUACAAUCACUGGGACACACUCAGCAGAACUUGGAGACUCUCUAACAUUGUCUUGUUCUGCUCAGUCAAACCCAGAAGCUCAGUAUAAAUGGAUAUUUAAUGGCACUGUUCUGCCACAUACAAGUUCAAAUUUCACCAUUCAUCAAAUAAGCCAGAGUGACCUUGGGAUUUACACUUGUCAGGCUCGUAACAACAUUACCUUAAGAGUCAAUGAGACAACAUUAAACGUAACUUUACAGGUUAUCAUUCUAUUUACAGAAAAAAUCACCAGCGUCACCGUAACAAGCAACACUCCCAACCCGAUAAAAUACACUGACAAUGUGACACUGACAUGUGAUGUUAAAGGCACUGUUGAGUCACGGUUGUGGUUUAAGGAUGAGAGAGCUCUCCACAGCAAUGACAGGAUCACAAUCUCCCAGAAUAAUGCCACCCUGACCAUCAUCAGUGUGACUAGAAAUGAUGGUGGAACAUAUCGGUGUGAGGCAAAGAAUAGCUUUAGCUCUGUGUCCGGCAGCUAUACACUGAGCUUUGCGUCCAAAGGCAGUCCUCCUAACAGUUUAAGCGGUGGAGCGAUAGCAGGAAUAGUGAUUGCCUGUAUUGUUGGCGUUGCUCUGAUUACUGCACUUGUCGUAUGGGUCGUCAAAGUAAAAGGAAGGGCGAAAAGUGGAUCACAUCAUCAAAAUGGUGUCACAAUGGCUGCAACAGGAAACACACCGCAUCAAUCUAACAGUGGAGCCAAUACAGCCACAGCGAGAAUAGGACCACAAUCUUCAGAGUACAGCAACCUGACAGUUACUGCUCCCAACGUGUAUGAGAACAUCAACAAUGUGCAAAGAGCAAAGAACAAA